AACCCUUUUACGGCUCCACCGCUUAUUAUAAGCUAAAGGAACAAACUCUGAUUAUAUUGUUGUUUUUUAGCUCGCUGUCACACUUCUUCAUUUGUUCAUUCCAGGGAUUGUUUUGCUGAGUUCAUCCACGUCCAGCAGGAAUAAAUAAAUAGGUAAAACCAGGAGAAAGUGAAGGGAGGAACUUGUGUGGAAACAGAUCUAGAUAGUGUCAGUCUGCGUUCAAGGCUCAGAUGGAGCGUUUUUACUUCAGAAAACUCAAGUCGGUUUAUUUUACACUUCCAUCUAUUGUGAAGCUGUUCAGUUGCUGUGAGCGACUGUAAAGGGUUUAAUCAGGGCAGGAAACGGGUCUGUACCGGGUCUCAAGAGGAUUCUGUUCACCAGCUGAAGAUGAAGGCCGGAAGUGUGUGAAGGCAGCAGCAUGUGGAAGUGGAAGUGGAACUGGAAGAGGAAGGAUGAGACAGUUCCUCCGGAACAGAAGAGAGGACAAGGAGCUCAGAGCAUUCAGCCUCAAACACAUGACGAUGUGACGUCUGAGGACCAGGAUGACUCCAGGGAAGUGAUGACCUCCAGGAGUGACAGCUAUACUGUAAAAAUGUGGUUGAAGGACACUUUGAAGAAUUUGGACUCCAGUGGGCUGAAGGAAUUCCAGUGGUACCUGAAUAAUGCAGAAGAAUCAAAGGAUGGUUUCAAACCGAUCGAACUGUGUUAUCUGGAGAAUGCGGACAGAUUGGACACAGUAAAUCUGAUGAUGCAGAGGUUCUCCUCAAAGACCAGAGAGGUGGCCGAGACGAUUUUAAAGAAGUUAAAAGAAAAACCUGAUGUGCAGGACGAUCCAGUUUCUCCAGCUGGUGCAACAGGUACGGUAGUUGAAGUUUGUAAAAAGUUGAAGUCUAAGCUGCAGAAGAAGUACCAGUGUGUGUCUGAGGGGGUCACGAAAGCAGGAAAGAAAACCCUUCUGGAGCAGAUCUACACGGAGCUCUACAUCACAGAGGGAGGGACCGGAGAGGUCAACAAAGAACAUGAAGUCAGACAGAUUGAAGCAGCUUCCAGGAAACCAGACGGAGCAGAAACAACCAUCAGACAGGAAGACAUCUUUAAACCCCCACCUGGAAGAGGAGGACCAAUCAGAACGGUGAUGACGAAGGGAGUGGCCGGCAUCUGGAAAACAGUCCUAACUCAGAAGUUCAGUCUGGACUGGGCUGAAGGCAGAACCAACCAGGACAUCCAGUUCCUGCUCCCAUUCACCUUCAGAGAGCUGAAUGUGCUGAGAGAGGAGAAGUUCAGCUUGGUGGAACUAGUUCAUGGAUUCUUCUCUGAAACCAGAGGAAUCUGCAGCUUUGAAGAGUUCCAGGUCGUGUUCAUCUUUGACGGUCUGGAUGAGAGUCGACUUCCUCUGGACUUCCACAACAAUGAGGACCUGACUGAUGUUACAGAGUCCACCUCAGUGGAUGUGCUGCUGACAAACCUCAUCAGGGGGAACCUGCUUCCUUCUGCUCGUCUCUGGAUCACCACACGACCCGCAGCAGCCAAUCAGAUCCCUCCUGAGUGUGUUGACAUGGUGACAGAAGUCAGAGUAUUCUCUGGGAUCCCAGAAAAACCUGAUGAAGAUCCGGAAGCAGCUGUUCAUGAUUUCAUCCGCAACCACCUGAAGCUUCCCGAAGACAUGGCGAAUUCCAUCACGUUUCACCGCGUCCAUCGCCUUGGAGGAAGAAGAUCGGAAGCCCAGAGACCCAGACCCAUUGUUGCCAAGUUUGAACACUUUAAGCAGAAAGAGCUGGUGAGAAGACGGGGGCCACAGCUGCGCGGACUGCCGUUCUCCGUGAACGACCAGUUCCCCCGGGAGAUCCUGGACCGUCGUCGAGUCCUCUUCCCGGUCCGGAGGAGGCUCAUUUCGGAGGGAUGUCGGGCUGUCAUCACCGUGGACCGGCUGUACGUGAACGGGGAGCUUUACCGGAACCCCAACAUCACGCCGUGGCUCUUCUGA